CGAUGUUUUAAUGUUCCCAUAAACCCUAAACGCCUCCAUAACGGCUCUCAUAAACCUUGACAGAGGACAACCUCGAAUCUUUUGACAAAACAAUGGAUAGUUCGGUCUGUGGGGAGUGCAAGGUGAAAGCAUGGAAGUACAAAUGUCCAGGAUGUUCAAUCCGUUCGUGUGGUCUUCCUUGCGUGAAAGCUCACAAGCAUCGAACAGGUUGUAACGGCAAGAGGAAGCUCACAGACUUCGUUACCCUCUCACAGUUCGAUGAUAAUCUCCUUCUCUCUGACUACAGAAUGCUGGAGGAGACGAAGAGAGUAGCAGAGUCUGCUCAGAGAAGGAGAAAUCAAAUAUGUAAAAAUCCUUACUUUAAGGAAACUCAGCGUAGCAAACUUCGAGCUGCUGCUGCUAGGGGAAGAACUAAUCUACUGUUUCUUUCCAGUGGGAUGUUGAACCGGGAAAUGAAUCAGAGUCGUUACGAUAACCGGAGUAAGUGCAUCUCUUGGACAAUUGAGUGGCGGUUCCACUCUACAGAUGUGGUUCUUGUUGACCAUGGAGUUGGUGAAGAUACAAGUCUUUGUUCUGUGAUUGAGAAUCAUCUUAAGCCAGGCCCUUGGAUUCAUAAGCUCAAGCCUUUUUGUGAUGUGGAUCUUGUUUCUCUCAAGCUUUUUAUUCGCCAAUACCCUAAGGGUGCAAGGGCUCCUUUCAAGGAGCUGGACAUCAAGGCUCCUUUGAGGCAACAGCUUGCUAAAGUAGCUAUCGUAGAGUAUCCUGUGAUCCAUGUAUAUCUACCUUCACAUCUCUACGACUUUGAAGUUAUCAGAGACUUCGACCACUUAAACACCACACCAGAUCCUAAUGGUUCCUCCUUGUACUAUGGCCACAGAGAUACAAAAGGUACCAUAAUAACCUCACAAGAAGAGAAAAUAGAAGAAGACUACAAGAUUAACUCCGUUGAGCCAGAGGUUCUUGAUCUUAUCAAACAAGUCUCAGAGGACAGCAAGGUUGAGGGAGGGGUUACCAAAAAUUCACAUCCUCAGGUUGAUCCAGCAGAGCAAGGGGAUGCUGCUGCUGAUAACAUGGAGCUUGAGUUUGAGCAGGGGUUAAUAGACACGUACUCUGAUCUUUUCGCGGAGAUGGACCCAGGUGAUUAUUUCAACUUUGAAUGUGAGUUUGCCAAGGGAUUUUGAUUCAAAAUGAUGACUGCAGUCUCCAAUAUCUAGCUCUACUGAUUUGAACACCAAUGGACUAGAAGAAGAGGGAAAUCAAAGAAUCUGAUGGAUCAUCAUAACAGAAGACAUUACUAGCUCCCAGUGAAACAUUUUUGAUCAGCAAAAGGAUUAUUUAUAUUCAUGCUUAAGCUCCUUUGUUAUCAAGCAAAGGUUUUAUUGAACUAGGUAGUCCAAUCCAUCCGAUUGCAGAAUCAAGUAGUCGCAACGUUGUUGUUUGUGCUUUGAAUGUAUGUGUCGUGUGUAUCUUUGAUUGUUACCUACUCCCAAAGUUUUUGUUCAGCCUUA